CUUCUAGAAAAAUAGUAAACAGAACUUUUCGCGUCGUCAUGUCAGGGCACGGACAUAGUCAUGGACAUUGCGAACAUGAAGCACAAGAACAACCCAAUGAUUUAGGAAUUGAAUACAGCUUGUUUACUAGAAUUGAUACUGAAAAUGUACAAUGCUUGAAUGAAGUUGAGGAAGGAUCUGGGAAGAAAGUUUUUAAACCCUGGGAAAAGCGAUUGGAUACGGACCAUUUUGUUGAAAGUGAUGUUGAUGAAGAGCUGCUGUUUAAUGUACCAUUUACAGGUAUUGUAAAAUUGAAAGGAAUAAUUGUUGUUGGAGGAGAAGAUACUACACAUCCAUCAAAGAUGAAAUUGUUUAAAAAUAGACCUAAUAUAAACUUUGAUGAUGUUUCAAGUGAAGCAGAUGAAGAAUUUGAAAUGCAGCCAGAUUUAACAGGAACUUUAGAAUAUCCCAUUAAGGUUGUGAAGUUCCCUAAUGUGCAUCACUUGACAAUAUAUUUCCCAAAGAAUUUUGGUGCAGAAUCUACAAAAAUUUAUUACAUAGGAUUAAAAGGCGAAUUUACUAAGUUACCACGACAAGAAAUAACCAUUUGCACCUAUGAAUCAGCUCCAAAUCCAUGUGAUCACAAAACAAAACUCUUUGAUCCUGUUCCACAUCAAAUUCGAUAAAAUGAAUCCUUUUGUAAUUUAUUUGUAUAUUUUUAUAUAUGUAUGUGCUGAUCUUGGCAUUAUUAACAUUUAUACGAGUAAAUAAGGUAAAAUACUUGCCUGUAGCUAA